AUGCGCGGAGGUUUCGAAGUGACGAUUGCAGUGAACAGGAAUGACGGGACAGGCGACAGUGUCGAUUCAAUCUACUGUACCAAACCUACUCUAAUGAGCAGGCAGAAUGGAAAUUCCACCACUGGUGCCAAUGCUCUGACGGAUCCUGGCAGCCCCAACGGACCCAUUUCCAAGACGUUCGGCAAUAUCAAUUUAGGAUCGAUCAGGCCCCAAGCGGCAGAUGAAUGCUUCUGCGGGAAUUCUGCCUACGAUAAGCAUAGCAGCAAGCUGCCGGAAAGCGAAUGCCAAAAAGAUUGCAAAUAUGGCUUGGGGAAAUGCGGUGGAGGUUAUAGAAAUAGCGUUUAUCUGACUGGCUACAAGCCUUCAUCUGAAUAUAUCGGAUGCUUCAAGGAUUCCUCCCCGCGUGCUCUCGAGGUCCAUUUGGGCAACGGAUUCACGUUGGACGGUUGCAUCGAAGAUUGCUUCAACAAAGGCUUCAAGUAUGCCGGUCUUCAAUUCAAAAGCGAGUGUCGCUGUGGGCAUUCUGGUUAUGACAAAUAUGGUGGCGUUCGUCCCGAGAGUGAAUGUUCUAUGGAUUGCACGACGGGUUCUGGCAUUUGUGGCGGUCCAGGAAGAAACAGUGUGUACGCCACUGGGUUUGAGCCCAUUGCCGAAUACAAGGGCUGCUACAAAGAUCAGAGUGACAGGGCACUUUCCCAUAAAGUUGGACACAACUAUUCCUUUGAUGAGUGCAAGACGACGUGUCAAGACAAGGGUUAUUACUAUUUUGCCCUGCAAUCCGGAAAGUAUUGCUUCUGCGGCGCCUUCAACGAUGACUUUGACAAAUACGGCAAGGUGAACGACAGUGAGUGUGAUGGGAAGGAAUGCAAAGGCGGUGGCAACGAAGGUUGUGGUGGUGGUUGGAGGAAUGCGCUUUGGAAGACAGGACUGAAGUAAAUGCACUCACAAUGAAAGCGUAGACGCAGCAUGCAAGUGAUGAUUGUAGUGAAGCGGAAUGACGACGUGAAUCUAGCGUACCAACUAAACUAAGCGACCACGAUAGCAACACAAGCAACAUCUAAUUUAUGUGAACCAGCAACAGCUACCAAAGCUAGCGCUAGUUAGAGAGUGUGAGGAGUGUGUCAUCAGGAUUGCCUGGCCUUUCUAGCUAGCUAGAAGACCUCAAAAGUCCACCAAUGGUGCGAAGGCUCUGAAGGCGGAUCCUGCAGUCUGAAUGGAGCAAUUUCCAGACUUUCGCAAGAUCAAUUUCGGAUUGAAUCAAUCAUUCCGACAGGCCCCAGGCAAAGAUCCACCCGGCAUUGCUGCGCCUCGGCAGAAUUACGCUCCUAGUGGAGGCACAUCGCGUCGUUAUGAAACACUUCCUGUGGCUACAACUUUGAGCAGCUAGUUGCUAGCUAGAUGGGUUCCAUGCUAGCAACCAACCGUAGAUACCGGUAAUGAAGAGACCUGCAUGUACAAAUAUAGUAGCAACAGAGAGCCAAACGAAAUGACCAGGCAAGCCAUUGCUGACAGAGAUCGCAGCAUCGGCAAGAAACUGCACAAGUGAUCUCCCAGCCGCAAAAAUGCCCAGAAGGAAAAGGAGUUUUUAUGAUCGAUUAUAGCAGUUCAACCAUAACGAUGACGUACCAUGGCGAAUGAAUGAUUCAUUCAAGGAAGAAGGCUCUUGCUCGGGACAAGGAAUGACGGGGAUGUGAAACAACCUCUUUGAUACAAGUAGCACACCCUCGGCCAUCAUAACGACGGUAGCACUCCCUCGGCCAUCAUCCUUGGGUGCUCUGCGAUCGAGAUCUUCUCUUGCUGCGGUUUGCGGGGGCGGCUGUGUGGCUGUGAGAGGAGUGGCUGAAUGUCCGACCAGCACUAACGUUUAAGCCAGAUGGUUUUCUAGAGAAAUAAGGCAGUGUGUCUGAUCCCUGGGGCUGUUCGGAAAUGCCCUUGUGGUGGACUUUGGGCAGUGGAGGUGGCUCAUACCGCAAGAAGGCCAUUCCUGGUGUGCAAACACACACAUGUAUUUCCUUUGCCCCUGAUGAAUGAGGAAUGCUCUAGCUAGCUAGAUAGGUUGACAUCAGACGAGAAGGUGGUUGAAAGACGAGAGGCGGCUGGGCGCAGUUUUGCAUCUCGAAAACCAAACCAGAAUACUUUGUCCUGACCACAAAUGAUAUUGCCAGAAAUAUGCCAUCGUACCGGCAGCUGCUACCAUAGCUAGCUAGAACCAUUUUCAGAAAACCCUAUCGUGAUUUACUUGUGCAAUGCGUACAUACCCCUGACUAUUACGCUUGCCCCUUCCAACUCUCCUCGAUCUUUGCCUUUUUUUUAAAGAAUACAUGUUUUUCUUCAGUCCCACAUUUCUCGGGCACUCCACUGUUGAUCCGCCCACACCGUACCUCCUCCUCCGGAACCAAAGUGUUCCAAUCGGUUAUACUUUUCUCGGGCAAACACGUUCCUAUUGGAUCCAUCGGCCACUCUGAGGGCAAUGAUAUCGCAAAAUGAACCAUGGCCCUUGCAAGACUCUGCGGGCACGCGCUUACUUUGCCAGCGGUCAGUGUCUUGCCUCGUCUCCCAUACAAACAUCUCAUUGGGCUUGAUCUCGUCCAAGGGGUCCUCCAGCUUGCUAUUGGGAAUAGUCCUGACGGAUCCAUCCGACGCAAUGGACAAACGUUCUCCCUUGAGGACAUUGUACAGGACCAUGCAGCUAUUGUGCCUGGAGCCCUUGUAGGUGCUGGGGCAGGAGUCGAGGAGUCUGAGAUACCACGUAUUCCUCAUACAAUUAUGAUUUGCAUGCUGUACCGCUCCUACUCGUCCAUCGUCUUCUUGCGGGUAAAACAAGCUUCUC